AUGGCAGAGCAGCGAGACCACAACAGAGUUCCGAUCAGCUCGCCAAAUGCCACCUCCACCCGCGUGGCUACCGUAAGCGUGGUGGACCACUGCCUUCCCUACGACACCCACAACCUGUACGACGUAACUUUCCACACCCACUCCAUCCACACUCUCCUCACCUCCGAUCCCUCCCUCGUGGACGCUUGGAUCUCCACCAACGUCCGCGGCAACCGCGCUGGGCUCUUGGUGGGCCUGGACAUCGAGUGGCGGCCCAACACGCACCGGAACAUGCAGAAUCUUGUUGCCACCCUUCAGCUCUGCCUCGGUCAGCACUGCCUGGUCUUCCAGAUCCUUCACUCCCCUUCUGUCCCUCCUUCCCUCGUUUCCUUCCUUGCUGAUCCCAAUGUCACUUUCCUUGGCGUUGGGAUAGAAGAAGACGCAGAGAAGCUUCUAGAAGACUAUGAUCUCCAUGUUGUUACUAUGCGUGACCUUCGCUCACUCGCCGCGGAGAAGCUUGGUGACAGGGAGUUGAACCGGGCCGGGAUUAAGUCCUUGGGCCUCCGCGUGCUGGGAUUGGAAGUUGAGAAGCCCAAACGGAUCACGAGGAGUAGGUGGGAUAAUCCCUGGCUCACUGCACAACAGGUUCAGUAUGCUACCAUUGACGCCUUUCUCUCUUACGAGAUUGGACGCAGUUUGACCUCUCACAGUUAA